CGAAUGAAAACCAUCUUGCGGCGUGGGUACCACCUGUUCAAAGCGGUAGAAAAUCAGAAACACGUCGUAACGCGUGGAUCCCGUCGUCUGGGAGUCGCGAUGACGACUUCUCCCACCCCGUCUUUGAAGAGAACCGCGGAAGACGAGGGCCACAUCUCGCCCCCUCCGGUCAAGCGAAAAGCGACGACGGCGAUAAGUCAGAAGGCCGUCUCGAAUUUCUUCAAGCCUGCCAGCCAGAAGGAGCCGGAGAAGGUCAGCUGGAAGAUCCGCGAUGGCAGCCUUAUCACGGCUCGUUACUACGGCUCGAAAGAGCGUCCGCAACCAAUAGAGCAGUCUCAAAAGCGCAAGAUAGCUGCGUUUGACUUUGACUCCACUCUGAUCAUGACGAAGUCUGGUAACCGCUUCGCCAAAGACGCAUCGGACUGGCAAUGGUGGCACAGCAGCGUGCCGGCCAAGCUACGGAAGAUGCAUGAAGAGGGCUAUCUUGUGGCCAUCGUCAGCAACCAAGGAGCUAUUGGACUGAGAUCAGACUCAAAGACGGCGAAGAUGGACAAAAAACGAUUGGACCAGUUCAAGCAGAGGGCGGUGAGCGUCUUCAAUCAGCUCGACAUUCCCAUUUCUUUGUAUGCAGCUACGGAGAAGGAUAUCUAUCGCAAGCCCAGGGUGGGCAUGUGGCAAGUACUACUUGAGGAUCAUGGACUGACGCCGGACGGGAUCGAUUUGUGCGGAAGCGUCUUUGUGGGCGACGCGGCCGGCAGAUUGAAGGAGGGAUCAAAGAAGGAAGACUUCUCGUGUAGCGACAGGAAUUUCGCAGACAAUAUCGGCCUGCCGUUCCACACGCCUGAGGAGUUUUUCCUGGGAGAGCAGCCCAAGCCGUUCGAACGCGGAUUCCAGCCGUCGAGGUACAUCCAGCCAAUCGACAAAGGCUCGACGGACGCUUCACCGGUCCCUUUCAGCAAGAAGCAUGACUUUGACCUGGUGGUUUUCGUAGGCUCCCCCGGCUCGGGAAAAUCCAGCUUCUUCAAGAGGCACCUCGAGCCGCUAGGUUAUGCGCGUGUGAAUCAAGACAUUCUUAAGUCGCGAGACAAAUGCGUCAAAGUGGCCACGGAACACCUGAGGAAAAAGGAGUCGGUCGCCGUGGACAAUACGAACCGGGAUCGGACCACCCGCAAGGUAUGGAUUGAUCUAGCUGCGCAAUUCAAGGUACCCGUUCGAUGCGUGUGGUUCACUGCAGAACCUGCCCUGUGCCAGCACAACGACGCGGUUCGAGCCCUUAACAAGGCGCACAACCCAGAAGACAGGGCGAUGUUACCGGGCAACGCCUUUCCCCUGUACAAAAACGCUUUCGAGCCGCCGGACGUUGAGGAAGGAUUCGAGGACGUCACACGGGUCGAUUUUGUGUUUGAAGGCACAGAAGAAGAGAAGGCGAUCUGGUCGAAAUAUUGGAUUUAAACUUUGACCAGAAAUUCACGGUUGCCCUUUCCCCCCUGGUCACACCGUUUGUUCCUGGGACGCAGGAUCAAGUUUAGGCCAUCAAUGUCCUCGUUGCUGCUUGACGACGUAUAAGCUGCGAGAUGCCGCAUUUGUUAUCAACAUUCUGUAUAAUACCUCCCACCGAUGGCACUUGCCGAUCCUGUGGUGAUACUGCUUGCCGUGGAUGAUACGAGGUUUACCAACGUUGUCUGCUCCAACCAAUAGCAGGGGUGUGGAGACUCAAUGACAUAUGUUCAGAUGGCUCGAC